AUGUCGUCUCAUGCGUCUACUCCUCGUCCACUUAUUCGCACUGAAUUUCCAUAUGCUGUGGAGAAACUAACGCAAAUUACGGUGCCACUUCGAGAUGGCGUUAAAUUGGCCGGAACAAUUUGGCUACCCAAAAAUGAAACUAUGGAAUCAACUGUUGAUACGAAGUUUCCGGCGAUACUUGAAUAUUUACCAUACAGAAAAGCGGACGGGACAUCGAUUCGUGAUGAGAUUCGAUUGAAAUAUUUGGCUGGUUUUGGUUAUGUUUCUGUUCGAAUUGAUAUUCGAGGAUCGGGAAAUUCUGAAGGUAUAUUUGACGAUGAGUAUAGCUGCCAAGAACAAGCUGAUUGCACAGAAAUUCUGGAGUGGAUUGCAGAACAAACAUGGUCAAAUGGAAAGAUUGUCAUGUUCGGAAAAUCUUGGGGCGGUUUCAAUGGACUUCAGAUGGCCGCACUUCAACCAAAAUAUUUAGCUGGUGUUAUUUCAGCUUAUUCGACAGAUGAUCGUUACAGCGAUGAUAUUCACUACUGCGGAGGUUGUAUACCGGCUAGCGAAGCAUUGUCAUGGUCGACUCAAAUGCUUUUGUCGUUAGCAUGUCCACCACAUCCUGAAUAUCAAGGUGGAAUAGAAGCAAAAAGCGAUCUUUUCGCAGUUUGGAAAGACCGUUUGGAUAAUCUUGUACCAUUAGACACAUACUGGUUCAAGCAUCAAACUCGGAAUUCCUAUUGGCGUCACGGAAGUAUUUGUGAAAAUUACUCCAAAAUCGAAUGCCCAGUGCUACUAAUUGGUGGAUUUGCCGAUCUUUACACUGAUCCUGUCUUUCGCAUGAUGCACAAACUCAAGUGUCAGAAACGAGCCAUCUUGGGACCAUGGGGACAUCAGUGGCCUGAUCAGGCUUUUCCCGGGCCACAAAUUGGCAUUUUACAAGAAUUUGUCAGAUGGUUGGAUCACUUUAUUAAAGGAAUUCAAAAUGGCGUGGAAAAUGAACCGGAGAUGUCUGUUUAUCAGUUACAUCCAAAUUCAUCUGAACUCCAUUCGAUUGUGCCAACUAGAAAAGGAGAAUGGAUUCACAUCGACCACAUGCCCAGUUAUCCAAUUGAACACGAUCAAAGAAACGGCCUCGCCGAAAAUCAUGACAAUGUGUUGGAAGACGAGAAAUUGAAAUAUUACUUAUCUGGCUCAUGUCUCAAAAGUGAACCAAUACUUGAUAGUGUCUCACCAGCGAAAGUUUCCCUAUGCUCUCCACAACAAACCGGUACAGCAAGUGGCAAUUGGCUUGGCUGGGGUUUUUUGAAACAUCCAGAUCAUUCUUUGGAUCAACGGAUAGAUGACGGACGAUCACUUUGUUUUGACUCAUCACCACUUCUUGAUGAUUUAGAAUUAUUCGGUUUUCCCAGUGUCCAACUAAGUUUAAGUUCAAAUCAACCGAAUGCUUUACUUUGUGUUCGUCUUUGUGCUAUUGAACCAGAAACUUGUGCUUCCAUUCUCGUCGCCCGAGGCAUUCUUAAUUUGACUCAUUUCAAUUCUCAUGAACAUCCGGAAGAACUGGAAAUCAAUAAAAUCUACAACAUUGAUGUAACUCUGUCUGGCGUAUGUGUUCGUCUCUCAGCUGGUUAUCGUCUCCGUCUGGCCGUAUCCACAGCGUAUUGGCCCUUUGUCUGGCCUUCUCCUCAGUCAGCUACAGUAACAAUUCAUUUGAAUCGGUCUUCUCCAUCUGUACUUAUCUUACCUCGUUUAGCUCAUAAAUGCUCUUCGAAACCUGACUUUGACUUGCCUGAAAUAGCUCCUGGUCUUAAAGUGAUCACAAUUCGUGACGAUUCCAUUAGUAGCAUUCGUACGUUUGAUGAAAUCAAUGAAAUAAGUACAUUAAAAAUCACUAAAGAUAAUGGUUGCAUUUUAUAUCCAGAUGGUCACCUAUUUGAUGAAACAUCAGAAUCGGUCUAUGAAAUCAAUGAAUAUGGACCACAAACAGCUCGGGUUCAAAUUCAAAGAAAUGCCAAGUAUUACUUUUCCGACAAUUCGUCGAUUAAAGUCGAC